GAUUACGCUAUUUCAAAGAUUGCUAAAUUAUAGGUUAAGAGUGCUAGAGUACAGAGACACACAGAGAGAGACACACACAUGGGACACAGUGAAACAAUGCUUCUAUUUAAGGCUUCGACAUAGUGCUGCAGCCUCCCUUCUAUAAACGCCGCGUCUUGUUAUGCUCAUAACGCGAAUUGGACGAGAUAACGCGACUGAAUGUAUUGGGGAACACGUUUUUAAUAUGUACAGUAAAACCUUGGAUUGCGAGUAACUUGGUCUGCGAGUGUUUUGCAAGACGAAAAAAAAAAUUUGCAAGUAAAUAUGAAUUUGAUAAACGAGCGAGGGUCUUAGCAACACGAGCGGUGUACGUGUCUACGCUUUGUCUGCCGAGCGUCACGUGAUCACAACUUUAUAUAUAUUACGAGUGCUUUGAUAUACGAGUGCUUUGGAUUAACAAACACGUUUCGGGAAGGAAUUAUGCUCGCAAUCCAAUAUUUUUAUAUCUAUCACGCAGAUGCGAACUGGACGUACGACGCGGUCGAGUGCCCGUUACAACUACGUCGCAGCGAGGAGGAAUAAGCGGCGGUCGUACGGCCGUCUCGGCGGGGCGCGAGGCAUUGGCAUGCUGCUGGAAAAGGCGGUGGAGGAGAGGGAGAUGGCGGAGCGGCAGCUGCGUCUGGAGGAGAAAAGUCGGGAGCAGGAGCUGCACAUCUCCAACCUGAGACACAAGCUGGAGGUGAAUGGAGGUCUGGACUGCCCAACUCAACAUGCUGCUGCCGUGACCCUCGCCAGGACAAGCGGAUUGAGAAACGAGCAAAUAAAAAUCAAGGAGAUCUACAACAAAAUCACCAACUGCCCCUGCAACUUUGGCGUGGAGUUCGGCUGGGUCACCCUCCUGGGUCCCAUCGUCAUCUUCUUCGUGCUCCUCAGCAUCAUCGCCUCCGAUGCGUGCAGAGCUCGCUGUGGCCACAGCAAGGGUAAGCGUCUAUUGCGCUACAGCGCGCUCACGAUCGUGGCCUCCGUGGCGUGGGGGUCCGUGGCGCUGCUCAACUCGGAGGCGGUCUGCUGCAUCCAAGGCGGCUACCCCAGCGACUCGCCGUGCCUCGUGGGGAGAAACGCAACGGCCAACGCGGUGCGAUACGAGGAUUGUACCUCAGACUCUGAGGUCGCUGGAGUGCGCCUUCUGAUGUAUGGUGGCAGCAUCUUCUCAGUCAUCUUGGCGUUCAUCGCAAUCACAUUCGGACUUAAAUGGUUACUUAAAAAGCAAAAUGUCCCUAAUCAGUCAGAGGUUCCAUAGAGUAAUCGGGGACCAUCACAAUGACUACCGAGAGGUUGUCAGAUCGACCCCUCAACGCCGCUAAAUCUUCCUUCGAAAAAGUUAUUGUCCUGAAGCGGAACAUUGGUGCAGGAUAUAACCGCAUUUACAGAAUGUGAUUUGUAACUCUUUGAUCCUUAUCGGCGUAAUAUCGACAGUUUCAUGUCCCAUUACAUUGAGGGCCUACUACUGCUGUGUGUUGUUGUCUUGGUGUGGUCUGGGACUGUUUUUGUUGUCUUGGUGUGGUCUGGGACUGUUGUUGUUGUCUUGGUGUGGUCUGGGACAGUUGUUGUUGUCUGCUGGUACCUGUUGUGUGUGUUUGUGGUGUACAGGUAGCUCUGUGUGUAAUGUGGCUCUCUCGAAAUAUUUUGGUCACAACAAAAAAAAGGAUUCUGAUUCUGGUUGAA